GUAAUGGUGUGAAUCAAAACCAAAAUUGAUUAAAUUAUCAAUAAUUGUCUUAAUUUCGUUAUUUGAUUUAAAUUUAGGUUUGACUUGAAUUAUGUCUAUCACAACACAAGUAAUGAUUUUACUGUCAAUCACGUGUGGCAUAGCCUUAGGUAUGCCCACCGGUCAGCCCCAGACUUUUGUCAUGAACACUCCGUACGGACCGCAAGUGUUUAGGCAACAGACGGCAAGCGAUGGCUCCCAGUUCUGGCAAUCGGUUGGACCGGGAUAUUCACAUACAUCCUUUGUCAGUGGCGGCAAUCCAAACAACGGCUUUCAUUUCGAUUCAAUGAGCACUGGAAGCGCCAAUGCCUUCGGCAAUGGUUUUAAUAUGGGUUCCAUGGGUGGUAUGGGUUCCGGAAUGUCUAUGGGAUCCUUUAUGGGCAAUGGAGGCGGUAUGACAGGCAUGGCUAUGGGCUCCGGUAUGUGGCCAAUGAUGCAACCCAUGCAACCAAUGCAACCAUUCAAGUGGUGGCCCUCCAUCUUCUCCAACAAUUAGAUAACAAUCUUCUUAUCUUAUGUUUGGUUUUUUCUGUCUCUCACUAUUAAUUUAAUCAGUUUUUGCUAUAAUUGUAAUUAAAUAAUUACAUCUAAUUGUUAUGUGAAUUCUGUUAUCAAUAAAAAUAUUUUUAUUUUGGUUUGCAUUUAAAAA